CACCAGACUGCUCUCAAUCUAAGUGAAUGGUCAAUCUCCGCCCGUGUGUAAAUAAGAUCGUCUCACCACAAGCAUGGCAAAGACAGUUUUAAUUAUCGUAGUAGUACUGCUCCUUUGCACAUUAUCUGGCUUUAUUGGCUGGGCAAUAUGCAACUGGAUAACCUGCAAAAAAGCCGCAUCGAACGAAGCCAAGGUCACCCUUCCCAAAAUAGACACUUCAGGAGGACCAUAUUCCAGAGGUGCUGUGGCAACAGAUGCAGAAAUGUGCUCCAAAGUUGGGGUGAAAAUCCUUGAGAAGAAUGGGUCGGCCGUUGAUGCUGCUAUUGCAUCGAUGUUGUGUGUGGGAGUGAUUAACAUGCAUUCAACGGGAAUAACAGGAAGUGGAUUCAUGCUCGUUUAUAAACGAAGCACCAGGAGAACAGAACUGGUCAACUUUAGAGAAAAAGCACCAGGAAACUCAUCCAGGGAUAUGUUUUUAAACAAGAAGAAGGAAUCUCAGUUUGGUGGAGCAGCCAUUGCAGUGCCAGGUGAAGUCAUGGGUUAUUACGAAGCUUGGUCAAAGUAUGGACAUCUAAAGUGGAAGGACCUCGUACAACCUGCAAUCGACAUCGCUAAAAAUGGCUUUAAAAUUGGGACGCCAGUUUAUGAAGCCGCGGACGAACUUCAGGGGCAGCUGAAAGAGGAUCCCGGUCUAAGAGAGCUGUUAUUCGAUGAGAAAGGAAACUUGCGUAAAAAUGGAACUCUCAUCACAAAUCUGAAGUACGCAGCGACCCUUGAACAGAUACGAGACGAUCCUUACAGUCUGUAUAAUGGAACCCUGGCUAAAAACAUCAUUCGUGAUAUGAAGGACGUCAAGCCAGAGGGAUUGCUCCAAAUGGAAGAUCUUGGAAACUAUAGCUCUCAGAUUGUGAAGGCAUUUUCGCGUAGGUUUGACUCUGGUCAUGUUUUGCACACAGCCCCGCCACCUACAAGUGGACCGCUGAUGAACCUCAUUUUAAACAUCUUAAAAGGUUACAACAUGACAGCAAAGGAUCGUUCCAACGUCAACGCUUCGUCCCUAGCGUACCAUCGAAUAGCAGAGGCGUUCAAGUUUGCAUUUGCCUAUCGAAGCAGACUAGCAGACCCGGAUUUCGUCAACGUCUCACAGGUUGUGAGGGAGCUUCUCAAUCCUGCAACCGGUGACUUCUUACGCAAGAAAAUAUGGGACAAUACGACACACCACGUGUCAUACUACGCUGACUUUUUCACUAAGGUUGACCACGGAACCUCACAUUUAGUGGUUUUGGCACCAAAUGGCGAUGCUGUGUCUUUGACCUCGAGUAUCAAUUUCAGGUUUGGCUGCAUGUUUCGUUCAACAUCGACCGGCAUUAUCUACAACGAUGGAAUGGCUGACUUUGAUAAUCCUGGAGACAAGAACAUCAGUGGUAUUUAUCCUUCACAAUUGAACUUUCCUGCUCCAGGCAAGCGUCCACUUUCGUCCAUGACUCCAGUAAUUAUUACAGAUAAAGAUGGCAAUGUAGAGCUUAUUGUUGGCGCUUCUGGAGGAAAGAAGAUUCUUACUGCUACAGCAUUGACAAUCAUUGAUUGGCUAUGGUUUGAUCGCGAGAUAUCCGCGGCUGUAGAAGAACCAAGAAUACACACGAACCUUGUCCCGAACAACACCCUAGAAGUCGAGAAGAACUUCCCGGAAGGAGUUAAAAAAGGGCUUGAGGCUCGCGGCCACGAAUUAGAAGAUCUGAGAUAUUACGCAGCAGUCCAAGCCAUAGCAACACGAGGGAUGUCUAUCUACGCAAAGUCAGACCCUAGGAAACAUGGAAAACCAGGAGGGUUCUGAAGAAGUUAGUCUUCAUAAUCUGACUGUGGACGUAGUUAGUCAGUCGUUACUAGACGUUUUACUGUAUGAACAACCCAUUCAUUUCAAUGUCUGCUUUCAUUAGUCUAGAACUGGACCCAAUUUCAUCUCCUCGAGCGCGCGACCUACAAGGACAGAGUAAGCAAAUGGAGGACUGGGGCAAGUAAAACUGAAAUUUUCUACAGCCACGUGCGCGCGCAC